AUGGAGAGUGAAAUCUAUCUCGAGGAAGUGGCUUUGAUGUCGGGCUUGUGUGCUGAAUUCUGGGUCACAGUCUAUGGAUCCUCUUAUGAAAGUGUUCUGCUCAUUCUAUUAAAGGGAAGCCGCUCAGUACCACCAUCAAGUGUCGUUUUAUACCAAGAAUUAGAGGAAAAGGAAAAGCAAACUCCAGCUCAACAGGUAGCUCGGUCAGUUACCAGUCCCCCAGUCAGUUUACCAGUUAGCUCUACCAGUCAGUUAAUAGUUAGCUACAGUCAGUUACCAGUUAGCUCUACAGUCAGUUACCAGUCAGUUACCAUCUGUUCUACCAGUCAGUUAGUUAGCUCUACCAGUCAGUUACCAGUUAGCUCUACCAGUCAGUUACCAGUUAGCUCUACCAGUCAGUUACCAGUUAGCUCUACCAGUCAGUUAGUUAGCUCUACCAGUCAGUUACCAUCAGUUACUCUACCAGUAGCUCUACAGUCAGUCAGUUCCCAGUCAGUUACCAGUAGCUCUACCAGUCAUCUCUACCAGUCAGUUACAGUUAGCUCUACCAUCAGGUUAGCUCUACCAGUCUUACCAGUUAGCCUCUACCAGUCAUCAGUUAGCCAAGCUCUACCAGUCAGCUUAAUAGUUAGCUCUACCAGUCAGUUACCAGUUAGCUCUACCAGUCAGUUACCAGUUAGCUCUACCAGUCAGUUACUCACGUUAAGCUCUACCAGUCAGUUACUUAGCUCUACCAGUCCAGUUUACUACCAGUUAGCUACCAGUCAGCUUAACAGUCAGUUACCAGUUAGCUUACAGUCAGUUACGCAGUUAGCAAGUUUAGAUUUAGCUCUACAAGCAAAGGAGAACGAGGACACAUCAAAGAAGGGCCUGACAUCCAAGAAAUUCGGCCUCGGGAAAGCAUUUACAAGUCAAAGGUCUUGUGUCUCCAUUGCUGUCUCUCUCUCCGCCCGCACGGAGAGCCAGAUGAAGUCGACCUCCUCGACCUUCUCCAGGUGUUCGUACAGGACCUGUCAGGAUGACAGGGCCUGCCUUAAAAAGAUUGAACGUCUCUCAGCGAGUCUAAACGUGUCUGAUCGUGUUUUAACAUGUCUGGAUGUGUCCGAACAUGACAAUGCGUGUCAGAACAUAUCUGAACAUGUCUGA